AUGUUUACAUAUCCCGUCCUCCCUUGCCAGAAGACUCUCUCCCAACUACCCCUAGAAUACCCCUCCGAUGUGCAAGAUGAGAUCUCCCGAUCCCUCUCCUCAUCUAAGCUCAGCCGUUUCAUCAUCCUAGAUGAUGAUCCGACAGGUACCCAAACCUCCCACGACAUCAUUGUCCUCACCGUGUGGGACAUCCCCAACCUAAUUGAAGAACUUCAACAACCAUCUCCCGGCUUCUUCAUCCUCACCAAUUCCCGUGCUCUCCCACCACUCGAAGCGGAGAAACUCAUCCGCACGAUCUGCGAGAAUAUCGCACAGGCUACGAAGUUGACCGGACAAACCGUCGACAUUGUCCUCAGAGGAGACAGCACCCUACGCGGCCAUUUUCCGCUUGAAGCGGACGCUGUGCAGUCAGUCUUCGGUGCCGCAGACGCCUGGAUUCUCGCCCCUUUCUUCUUCGAGGGAGGACGCUUUACCAUUAAUGACGUCCACUACGUCGUUGAGGGGGGAAAUUUUGUCCCUGUCGGUGACACGCCGUUCGCGCGCGACGCGACGUUUGGGUACAAGAGCUCCAACCUCCGCGAUUAUGUCAUGGAGAAGGCGGCUGCGCGUUUUGGAACUGAGCAACUACACUCGAUUACGAUCCAGGAUAUCAGGAUUGGAGGACCACAGGCAGUUUAUGAGAAACUGAUGAGUCUACCACGGGGCGGAGUGGUGAUUGUCAAUGCAGCCGCCGAAUCGGAUAUGCAUGUUUUUGUUGCGGGAUUGUUGCUCGCUGAAGCAAAUGGUAAACAUUACCUCUACCGCACAGGUGCUACCUUUGUCUCCACCAGACUCGGCAUCCGCUCCAAAGCGCCUAUCCGCCUCGCAGAGCUCGGUCUAUCCAUACCCAGGAAAAUAGGAGGAUUGAUCCUAGCUGGCUCGUACGUGCCCAAGACCACCGCUCAGCUGAAUGCCCUCGUCGAUCGACGCGGCAACGAUCUAGCCGUCGUUGAGAUGAAAGUUGAGGACUUGAUUACUUCAGCGGAGACUACAGAAAGUGUAAUCCAAGCAGUCAGCAAUAAGAUAGAGCUGCAUCUACUCUCCGGUAAGGAUACACUGGUGAUGACGUCCCGUAUCCUGAUUACGGGAGACAACGAAUUAUCAUCGUUGGCAAUUGGGUCGAAAGUUAUGGAGGCAUUGGUCGGACUUCUACAGCGAAUCGAGGUGCGGCCGCGAUAUAUCAUUGCAAAGGGUGGAAUUACAUCCUCCGACGCAGCCACAAAAGGCCUCCGAAUCAAACGUGCCCUGGUUGUGGGCCAGGCUGCUGCCGGCGUGCCCCUCUGGCGUUGCGAUGAGCCAACUUCUCGGCACCCAGGAGUUCCUUUUGUUGUGUUCCCAGGGAACGUAGGGAGUGAAUUGACUCUGCACGACUUGGUUGUAGCCUGGAGCUGA